AUGACUCUCAAAAAGAUGACUACAAACAUCGGUUCAGUCACUGUUUGUAGGACUUGUCAUCGGUAUGAGCAAUGCAACUCUGACGCUUCAUCUUUUGAGUCGAUUAUGAACAAUGAUAAAAAGUCUUCAUGA